GACCAGCUGGGCGCAAAGUUGGACUUUUAUAGGAGACUUGGGAAGCACCGACUGGACAGGAUCCAGUUGCCAAAGCUAAAGGGACUACUGGCCAUUGACACUGGCAGGCUAAGCCAUGAGCGUCUGCGGUGGGGCGCCUCCACCCGCGAUUCUCAAGGAGGGCGACCUGGAGAAACGCAGCGACAGCUUCCUGCAGCUGUGGAAGAAGCGGAGAUGCGUGCUUACAGCGGACGGGCUGCACUUGUACAGCGAUGCCAGGAAGAGGGGCAAGGCCAAGGUGCUGCGCUUCGACUCGCUGGCCAAGCUGGAGUGCGUGGAGUGGAAAGGGGAGCGAGUUUAUUUCACGCUGGUGACACUGGGGGGGCAGGAGAUAGAUUUCCGCUGUAGGGAGCGGAGCCGCUGGAACGCCGAGAUCACUCUGGCCCUGGUGGGGUUCCAGAAUAGGAGAGCGGUGCGGGAGCUGCGGGAACGCAAGGAGCACCAAGCCCGGGACAACGGGGAGCGGUUACGGAGCUGGGGCCCAUGAGGGAACGAUAUUCAAGUCCCAUGCUUCAGCUCUGGUUUGCCCCCCUCCUGUGAGACAGUACUAGAUGAGAGGUCUUCUGUAAUCUUGGGAACCUUCCGCCCCCUCGCACAGGAUGACACAAGAAGGUGCCUGUUAUACCUGAAUGACUGCAGAACUCUAUUUUUUUUGUUCAGGAAGGAUGGAGUCAGACAAUCACUGCUGUAACAUUGUAUUCAGACUGCACAAACCAAGCCAUGUUAUGGAUGGAUGCUGGCCAGUCUCUGUAAAGGCCAAAUACCUUUUUGGGGCAAAUAAGGUUCCCAGUAAAGAGCUUUGGUACAAUGCACCAAAUAAUCCCCUGGCUGAUGGGUAUUUCAGCUGCUCUGAACCUGCUGUUACUUGUUCUUUUUUCUUUGUUGCUCAUGGAGCUGAAUUGCCUCGUUUUCUUUUGAAAUAAAUUAGUGAUUUA